GAAAGCACAAUUGUGAUCAAGAAUUUCCAAUCGAAAGUCAUUUUUAUUCAAAAGUUGUGUGUUUAUUAAUGUUUGUUUGUAAAGUAUAUAGUAAUUUAAAAAGAAGCGAAUUACAAAAGUAAAUACUUAUAAAAAAUAUACUGUUCGUUUAUUUGACAAUUAUUAAAGAUAAUUGUGACUGAUAUCGGAAAGUGAAACAAACGCCGGCAAACAAGUGCUCUCAUACGUAUAGAAAAUAAACAAAAUGCGCCUGUAUUGCCUAAGUAAUGAUUUGGCGAAGCACUGUUAUGUUAUAACUUUCAAAGGUCUGCGAAUAAUGCUGGAUUGUGGUCUAACGGAGCAAUCGGUUCUGAAUUUUUUGCCACUUCCCUUCGUGCAAAGUGUAAAAUUGUCAAAUUUGCCUAAUUGGAUACCAAAUCGCGAUCAUGAUCCUCAAAUGGACGGCGAAUUGAAAGAGUGCUGCGGUCGAGUGUUUGUUGACUCUGCACCCGAAUUUACAUUGCCAAUGGAUAAAAUGAUGGAUUUCAGUGAGAUAGAUGUGAUAUUAAUAUCAAACUAUCUAAAUAUGUUAGCACUUCCUUUUAUAACUGAGCACACGGGAUUUAAAGGAAAGGUCUAUGCGACGGAGCCAACUUUACAAAUCGGUCGUUUCUUUCUUGAAGAACUUGUGGAGUAUAUUGAAGUAGCACCUAAAGCUAGUACUGCUCAUAUAUGGAAAGACGUUCUACAUUUAUUACCCAGUCCUUUGAGUGAAUCAUUUAGACCCAAGAAAUGGAAAACAAUAUUUAGUUUAAAAGAUGUACACAAUAGUUUGGCGCGCGUAACAAUUAUGGGUUACGAUGAAAAAUUGGACAUUUUGGGUGCUUUUGUGGCAACUCCUGUCAGUUCGGGAUAUUGUUUAGGUUCGAGUAAUUGGGUUUUAAGCACAGCCCACGAAAAAAUAUGUUAUGUUAGUGGAUCGUCAACCUUAACUACACAUCCUCGUCCAAUCAAUCAGAGUGCACUGAAACACGCAGACGUUCUAAUCAUGACGGGAUUAACACAGGCCCCAACUGUUAAUCCAGAUACAAAAUUGGGUGAAUUAUGCAUGAAUGUCGCUCUAACGAUUCGAAACAAUGGUUCAGCAUUAAUACCUUGCUAUCCUUCUGGAGUCGUGUACGAUCUUUUUGAAUGCCUUACACAGAAUUUGGAAAACGCGGGAUUAAAUAAUGUACCGAUGUUCUUUAUUUCCCCAGUUGCCGAUAGUUCAUUAGCGUAUUCAAAUAUUUUGGCUGAAUGGUUGAGUUCAGCAAAACAAAACAAAGUGUAUCUGCCUGAUGAUCCCUUCCCGCACGCCUUUUAUUUACGCAAUUCAAAGUUGAAGCACUACAAACAUGUGUUUUCUGAAGGCUUUAGCAAAGAUUUUCGGCAGCCUUGUGUAGUAUUUUGUGGACAUCCCAGCUUGCGAUUCGGCGAUGCUGUGCAUUUCGUAGAGAUGUGGGGUCAUAAUGUCAAUAAUUCCAUAAUAUUUACAGAACCGGAUUUUCCAUACCUCCAAGUAUUGGCACCAUUUCAACCGCUCGCUAUGAAAGCUUUCUAUUGCCCAAUAGACACCUCACUUAAUUAUCAGCAAGCAAAUAAAUUAAUAAAGGAACUGAAGCCGAAUAUUUUGGUGAUACCUGAGGCGUACACCAAGCCACAUCCAAAUGCACCGAACCUCUUCAUCGAGCAGCCGGACAAAAAAAUUAUUACAUUUAAAUGCGGCGAAAUUAUUCGAUUGCCGUUGAAGCGAAAGCUCGAUCGUGUUUAUAUAACAUAUGAUAUGGCCCAAAAAAUAGUUCCACGUGACGUGGGUAACGGUGUAACUGUGUCCACAAUUACUGGCGUCCUUGAAGUUAAGGAUAAAGUACACAAUAUACACCCAUGUGCAGAUUCUUCAGAUGAUAAGCCAAGUGGUAGUAAAAUGCUCCCUCCCAGUCGAGAAGAUGUGCUUAAAAAUACCAAAUACGAAUAUGGCACUUUAGACGUAGAUUUGCUUAAGAAACGUCUAAUCCAAGAUGGAAUCACAAAUAUCAAGGUGGAGCGUACUGGCAAUGUGGUUAUGCUGCAUUUGAUAAAUGAAGAUACAACGAUAAAAUUUGAUGACAACGAGACUCAUAUAAUAUGUGGCGGCAAACAGUCGUUACGACUCAAACUUCGCGACUCGAUACUGAAGUGUUUACAAAGCUUUUAAAUAUAACAAACUUAUCGAAAAAGUUAACAAUUAUUAUCUGCUAGCUAGAACUAAAGCGCAACGGUUACAAACACAGCCGUCAGUCUCAACUGCGUAUCGUCGACAACGUGCGCACAGGGUCAGUUCCAAUUUUUUAACAUUAAUAUUGCUGGAAUCUACGUCAUUGGAUGGGUGAAGCGAUACACAUUGAACUUGUAGUAUUUCACAAAGCUCUGAAUUAUUUGAAGGUGCUCCUGCCUCUCCUUCUUGUAAACGACUUAGUAUCUGCAUUUCCUCAUUGUUUUGGUUGUAUGAAAUGUCGACUGCUAGAUUGAACGAGUUCGUGCUGCCCGCUUUUUGAUUAACAAUUCGCUUUAGUUCCAAUGCAGUACUAACAGCUUUCUCGGCAUCGGCAUCUUUCCAAGUAGGGUCAGCUGUAAAGUUUUCUUGAUGGAACGCCCUCUUAGAAU